CAAUAAUACACGUGAAGAUUUGAUGUUUUGGACCCCGUGCACGUAUUGUGUGGGUUUGUAAUCUGUAUAAUCGGAUUAUGUGGUGAGUUAAACUCAACAGGAGCUCAGCGUUUCACACACGGGAUCUGUUCUCUGGUCAAAUGGCCUCAGCAAAAGAUGAUUUAUACCCAAGAAAGAUUCUGGAUUAUAUGGAGGGCUUCUUGGUGUCAAAGACUCUGUUUGCUGCAUGUGAGCUGGGCGUAUUUGAGCAGCUGCACGCGUCUGCGCAGCCGCUGUCUGCAGUCGAACUGUCGCGAGCUCUGGGCACGAGUGAAGAUGCCACUGAGAGACUUCUGUCCGCGUGUGUGGGUCUCGAGCUUCUCAACACACACGCAAACACUGACGGUGAAGUUUUGUUCAGUAACACAGAAAUGUCGACAGUGUUUCUAAUCGAGUCCAGUCCAAAGUCUCUGUAUCACUCGAUUCAGUACAGUUCCAGAACCAUCUACCUGUGCUGGCAUCACCUGACCGACGCCAUCCGAGAAGGAACGAAUCAGUAUGAGAAAGCUUUCGGAAGAAACUCCAAAGACCUGUUUCAAGCGUUAUACAGGUCUGAUGAGGAGAUGGUGAAGUUCAUGCAUCUGAUGAACUCUAUUUGGAACAUCUGCGGCCGUGACGUCAUCACGGCGUUUGACCUUUCACCGUUCAGAAGCAUCUAUGACCUCGGAGGAUGCAGCGGCGCUCUGGCCAAACACUGUGUGUCCGUCUAUCCUGAAUCCUCCGUCACCAUCUUUGACCUUCCAAAGGUCGUGAAGACAUCACGAGAGCACUUUGUGUCACAGCGAGACGACAGGAUUCACUUCUAUGAAGGAGAUUUUUUUAAAGAUGCUCUUCCACCGGCGGAUCUUUACAUUCUCGCCCGGAUUCUGCACGACUGGACAGACCAGCGCUGUGUAGAGCUGCUGAGGAAAGGUUACCAGUCCUGUACACCAGGUGGAGGUGUGUUACUGGUUGAAGCUCUUCUUCAUGAAGAUAACAGCGGUCCGCUCACCGUUCAGCUUUAUUCACUCAACAUGUUGGUUCAGACUGAAGGUCGAGAGCGGAAGGGUUCAGAGUACAGUGGUCUGCUCGCGGCUGCGGGCUUCACCUGCGUCCACAUCCACAGAACCGGAAAGAUCUAUGAUGUCAUCCUGGCACGCAAAUAAACACCAACAUCUUCAUUUCAGAUGAUCAAGACUCGCAGCCGCUCAAGCCAUGACUGUAAUAAAUCAUGAUUCAGGAUUCUUUACAGCUGCAUUCUCAUCAUGAAAUGAAAAUGUGUCUCAUUGUGUACCAUUCACCACUGAACACACGACAAUCUCGGUAAUCCUUCAGUGAAAGUCAAAACUAACACCUGAAAUCAUGUUUUCAGCUGAUUUCACACAGACAUUCAGACUGGAGUUUAUAUCACACAGUAAGAUCUUGACUUCAUGUCUCAUGAGGUCAGUAAACACUGCAUUGUUUGCUUUAUUUACUGUUAUUUGUUUCUUUACAGUAAACUACAGUACAGAGCAGGGAUUGAGUAGGGAUCAAUGAGAAAUAAGACUCGCAGCAUAUACAACUUUUGUUGAAUGACUUAAUUUCCAUACAACAACAACUUUAUUCAAAUGUGCGUUACUUUCAAAGUGAAAAUAAAAUAAUCACACUUUUAGUUGACUUUUUAUGUACUUCGCAGCACUCUUAUGUAGUACUGUUCAACUUCAAGUUCAUUAUAAAGUCUAAUCGGGCCAGUAGUAUACUUACAAAUAGUGUGUUGUAACUACUGCUAGUACUUUAAAUAUACUUAAUAACUAAAUAAACUUGAAGUACUGUAUACUUACUUU